CACACAUCCAGCUUUCGUCGAAAAUGGCAACGCCGAGGAAGAAGCGCAAAGUGCGCGCGGCGCUCAAGGAAGACGCGACGAGUCCCAUCUCGAAGUACUUCCGUCCCGCGGCAUCUUCCAGCAGACUGAAGUCAUGUCCGGGACCAGUUGUCAACAAGAUCGACACACCGAACGUUGUGGACAUCACCAAGUCUCCUCCAUCGCAUGCCGCAACAGGUCUUGAGUCGAAUAUUUCGGCACCGAAGACUCCUCCCACAUCAUCGCAACGUGCGAGUCGUAUCGCGAGUCUUGUGGAUUCACCCGACGUGUUUGACGUGCGCACACCGACGUUGCCACAGCAUGUCAAGCCUCGCUCCUUAGACCAGAAACCAAUCACGCCGUCGUCCACGAUGAAGAGCUCCAUGAACAAUUCCCUCGUGUUUGACAUUGUAACGUCCUUGAGCACGAACGACCCUGACGUUGCGGCAUCGGCACUGCGCAGCGUCGUGGCACUGGCGAAGGAGUACCCGACGCCGCUCCUGUUCGAGGAACUGCUGGACCUAAUGCACAACGAGUCCACAUACGCGCGCGCCGUUGCUAUCUUCAACUCGAUGAUUUUCGUCUACGAACACGCCGCUCAAUGCAACACAACGAUGGCCUUUCCCGCCCAGUGGACCCGUAUGCACGACACCCUAUGCGACGUCGCCCUCAAACCCAUGGACGCCAAGUGGCUGCGGUCGCUCUUGGUGCUACAGUUCAUGGUUCAUUAUUUUGCCAAGGACAUGACGAUGUGCGAAGAGCGUUUCGCUGCGACCAACAAGGAUUGGAUUGCCCAAACGCGGCUCCAUUUCUUGCUGGGUGGCCGUUCGACGGAGGACGUCAAGGCGACGAAGAAAGGACGGGUCGUGGUCCAGAACAACGUGAUCUUGGCUGCGCUAGGUCGCAUCGUGGAGCUGUGGGUCCGAGUGUACGACGCAAGCGACUCACAAGUGUCGGUGGAUGGCCGAGAGGGGUGUGUGGCAGCGAUGCGGCUGCUCGAGAUGCUCCUCCACGUGACAGAUCAAAAGGACAACGCGAUGCAAAAGAUUCUAACGGGACUUCACGCGAUGCAGCGCCCCACUCGCCGCAUCUUCCUCCAGACGAUGCGUACUGGCUCGUACAAGAUGAUGCUGGCGACGACAGUGCUGGGACGGACUACGCUAUCUCGAUGCAAGGAGUUGGAGUGGUUUGGAUGUAUUGCGCAAGAAGCCUGUGUGGCUCGCGCAUUGCAUCCGUCGGCGCAGAAAGGUAAGGCGUGUUCGACGACUGGAUCGUCUCUUUUUGCAGCACGGAUGCGUACCAGCUUUACCUUGUGGAAUGCAGAAUCGGCGAGUGCUGGAGGCGAUGCCGAGUGUCGCCGUUUUGCAGCCAUCCAUUUGAAGACGUACGAGGCCAAGCAAUCGACGCCGCCGCCCGUGCACGCGCUCGUGCAGCACAUUCUGCGUCUCCAAAACUCACGUCGAAAAUGAACACGUUGCCUUGACUUAAAACGACAUGGCCCGAGGCGAUUCCGCGGUCUCAAACGGAUGCAAAGACGACGAACAUGGCGCAUGCGCGGCAAAUGUUGGCACGUAAAACACAGACACCAUGCCCAAACUACACAUGGCACAUGGGCAACGUCCGACGCAUGCAUGGACAGGACCACGGGGACCGGUGGAUACCUGUCCGAGACGGCCAUCAAGUUGGAGUCGCCCAACGCAAUGUCGCCACUCGUCGUGCACCCCUUGCGAGUCUUGGACGAAAACGAUCUACACAAGGGCAUGGGCACGACGACGGUGCGUUCGAUCGGUACAUGCGCCACUCGUUCGAGUCGGGGAUCGUCGCGUCAAAGUUGGCCAGCGCCAACCUACCACCACUUGUGACGCUCACGUUGCGGUCGAGCCACCCACCCGCUAGCCCCAAACAACGCAACCUCCGCCGUCGACGACGGCAGCUUGCGCACGUCGCCGACAGCCGCCAGAGGCGUCUUGUACACGGCAUAGCUAUGCUGGGACGUCGGUUGAAACGAAUGGAUGCAACGGCCGUACCACGCUUCCUUGGUCGGCCUUCGCAGAUCCAUGCACGCCACGUGGCCGCUCUCGUACCCGAGGACGACGGUCGUCGGCGACAAGUAGUCGUGGGAAAAGAGCCCGCCUGAGUGUCCAAAUGCCUACACUUUCCAUCGUGGUCCAGCUCGACCGACUAGCCGCACGUACGAGUGGCGACUCGAAGUGGAUCUGGCCAGUCGACGACCGCACGCGCAAGUCGGCUAGGCUAAACAUGCCGCCGUCCGUUGUCCAGCUCACGUGGUUGGCUACAUCGACACAUAGUUGAAACUUGGUGCCACGAUGGACUGUACAUUCGCCUGGCAUCCACCGGACGCUGCUCACAACGUUGCGCGCGUCGAACUUGAGGACGACAUCUUCCUUGUCCAAAUCAGUCACGCACACCGUUUCGUCAAAUCCUACAACUCUCGAUCGGACCACCCCAGACGAUCCCUGCUCACGCCACCUCCAGACAGAAUGCAGCCGUCGCGCCCGACGCCAGGGGGCGGCAUCGCCAUUUCUCGGAUCGCGUCCGAAUGCGCCAUCGUGAUCGGCCCUACAGGCGCCGAUUCAUCAUCCAUUGCACUCGAGCCGUGCUGAUCAACCUCCCAUCAAGCACCCGACCGUGCCGUCGCCUGCCGGUGGCACUUGGACGAGCUGGAUGUCUUUCCCGAUGGCCGCGGCAACAAUCGUCGCGUUCACCCAUUGCAAAUCACGCACCGUCUACGAAGACGUUCGUCAGCCGCGAUCGAGCACGCGUGUGGCUACGUUGGCAAGGGGCAGCGACGCCGCCGACGUGGCGACCAUCGACGCGGUUGCUCGAAAGUUGGUCAGCACGAGGCGAUUCUUUUCGUGGGGGUCUUCCAUCCCGACAACGACAAGACCGUCAAAUCGGCACAGCGGCUUGGACAGCGCUAUGCCACGAGUCAUGGUCGAGCAUGCGCCGCCUCGACGGCGUACCUGUCGUUGCCACGGGGAGGACCUACGGACGGGAGAGCCAUCGUCCGUGAGCUCGUUCGCAUAUUGCAAUCGUCAGUACCACAAACGGAAUCCGGUGUGCGGAUGCGUCAAACGAUGGCUGGAGCGCGUACUGGUCGCGUUGGUCGAGGAUGUCCAAAAUGUGGCUUGGUCGGUGGUGCUCUGUCGCCGACCUACGCGCAAGACGCAUCACGCUUGGCGCCACGACAAUCAGCGUACACUGCCCACGGCGAUUCUGGAGCGUCGUUCUCACUGACUUCGUCGUCGUCACGGUUGAGAUGGUGCCACUCGGCGUGUGCAAGGUUCGAAUCGUCUGUGAGUCAGGCAUGAGGCAUGCCUUGGAUCGUUAUCGAGCGCACCUCCUGCGCGGCGUCCGUCGGCACUGGCGAUUCCAUCGUCGUCGUCGGCAAAUAUGUUGGACCACAUUUCCUCCUCAAACAAGUCGUGGUCGAUCGGAGGCAAUGCGAGCGGCCGAUGCGGCGAAGACUCGUCCAAGCUCAUGCUGUUUGUCCGUCGGCGCGCCGCCGACACCUCGUGCAAUGCCAUCGCAGGACUCGACGCACACUGGCCACCCGGCGCCUGGUCACCGCCUCGUUUAUAUACACAUGACAGGCCUGCUGUGCUUAGUCUACUUGAUGUAGUGCGUCGUGGGCAGCUCGAGCUCGCUCAGCUUGCCGUCCGCUACACUCACGUAGUACACUUUGGCCUCUGCUCGCGCCGACAAGAUGUUCUUCACGCUAAAGUCCUCAAAGUAGAUGCCGGCAUCGUUGUCGCAUGCGUACCCGGGCUUCAUCUCACCAGAGUACACCAACUUGUGGUAGAACGUUCGCCGUUCGGGCUCGCCGUCGUAGUGCGGGCAGUGGCUGCCCUGGAGAAACCCGAGGCACUUGACGGUGCUCAGUUCCUUGGGCCGGCCGUCGGUCGUGCCUUCUUCGAACCAGCACAGCGAUCCGGCGCUGGCUCCGCCAAGGACAAUGCCGCGCUCCCAUGCCUUCCGCAACACGAUGUCAAUGCCCUGGGCGCGCCAAAUCGCUUGCUGGUUCAGUGUAUUCCCCCCCGAACACACGAUGGCGUCCAUGGAUAACAGAACGUCGUCAAAGCUCUGAUGGUGCUUGCUGGACGACACAAAGCUCAGUUGAACGUGUGGCUCGACGUCGAGCGAUGCGCAGUCUUGAUAAAACGUCAUGAUGGUCGAGUCCCG